GUGUAACCUUGAAACGUUUGAUCCUGGUACGAUUUAGCCAAUACCUGAAUCCCCUAAACGAUAUCAAAACAAGACUCGAGUUGAGUAGAGAUCAUCUCUGAGAUGGACAGAUUAAGCAUAAUUUCAAGCGCUUUAUUCCUAACAGCGGAUGUAUUUGCUGUUGCAAGCCUGGCUUUACCAAGAUGGAUCGUUUCAGAUAUAGGAGGUCGCACAUACAUUGGAUUGCUGCAGUCGUGUCUUGAGAUCUACAGUGGUCAGCAGAGUGAAACGUGCUUCACCCCAGUUCCUCAGAGGACAGAAUGGCUUUUGACAUUUGUCUGCAUUAUACUGGGCAUUAUUAGUGUUACAUCAACCAUAGGACUGUUGAUUCUCUCCCAGUGGAGGUACCGGGUGAUGAAGCAUGCCAGAUGGCUAGGUUUCGUAGCAAUAAUCCUGUUCUGCCUAGCUGCAGUCAUUUUCCCAAUUGGUUUCAACAUGGAGCAGAUAGGAGGUGAACCGUAUCAGCUUCCAAAUAAUUAUCAAGUGGGCAUUUCCUACAUCUUCUUUGUCCUAGCUCUAUGGAUAACAGUGAUUUCAGAGUUGUUUGCCAGUAAAGUCUGCCUACCACAUUUUUAAAACUCCAUGUGGUCGAUAUGUGCAAUGAAUUUUUGACAGGGGCUAAGAUGAAAUACUGUAGGUGGUAUUGCAUGACCACAAGUGAUUGACAGAAUACAUGUGCACAUCAAGAAUCUUUCAUUAGAGGUUUCACCUUCUUCAUAGAGGUGUGAAGAUUUAAUGUAGCUCACUACAUCAAGGCUUAUACUCUUUAUGACACCAUGUCACAAGAUGGCGAUUUGAAUGUUUUGUCAAAUUAUUUGUAUCGAUCAAAUUGUUUGUCAUCAUCGUAGCUCAAUGGUUAAAGCAUCAGUCUGAUGAACCGCAGGUCCCAAGUUCAAAUCCGCCAAUGGCUUUUCAUAUGUACUGAUUUUUUUUUGAAAAUCAUGUUUUUUAUGCAAAAUUGCAUAUUUUCUACCAUUUUGACAUAUGUAUUCAUUAUAUAUCAUAUCUUUCAUCAUCAUUUCAUGCUGAUUUGAGAAAUUCUUUCAAGAUGUAGUAAGCCACCUUAAAGGUGGAAACUGGUUAUAAAAAUCUAGAUACUUUUUCCAUGUGUAUGCUUUGGAAAUUGGCUGCAUUAUUGCAAUUUUGUGUGUUGAAAAUACUGUACAUUAUCUUCACAAAAAAUAUCUAAUGUUCAUGUCUCUACCCAUAUUACUGCUAUUAGUCCGUUAUUAGUCCGCUAUUAGUCCGUUAUUUACCUUUGUUGUUUUACAUUUGUUGAAUUUCAUUCUUGUACAUAAAACUGUACAGUGAAAUAAAAUCUUUCAAUUACAA